AUGCGAGAUUUUAAGACUGAAAAACCAUCCGAUUCUUCUGGGUCCUCUGUCUCGGAAGAUACCAAACUGUCUAGCCUCUCCACGGAAGCUGCUCGCGGCAAUGGAUACCUGCGAGUCUUCAAGUACGGUGAUACUGUCGACUAUGUUCUGGAGAUCGUAGGCUUCAUAGCCGCGAUUGGUUCUGGUGUUGCGUUAGCCUUAGUGAAUCUCGUCAUGGGCAACUUUUUCAAUUUACUCAGCGGUGUCACUCUCGGGCAGGGCCAAAUCCCAGAGGUCUUCAUGGAAAGCGUUGCUAAAUAUUCCCUCUACUUCGUUUACAUUGGAAUUGCUCGCCUUGUCUUGACUUACGUCUACGCCUCGCUUCUCACAUAUGUCGCACUCAGAAUAACAUGCAAUCUACGCCACACAUAUCUCCGGGCCGCUUUGAGUCAGGAAGUCAGUUACUUUGACCAAGGCACGAGUGGGUCCAUAGCGAUGCAAGCCACAUCGAAUGGAAAGCUCAUCCAAAAUGGCAUUUCCGAGAAGCUUGGGCAAGUGUUUCAGGCUGCCGCUACCUUUAUCGCGGCUUUCAUAAUAGCCUUCAAAACUCAGUGGAAGUUGACGCUGAUCAUCAUUUGCAUUCUUCCGGCUCUUCUCAUUAUUGUAGCUGGGGUCAGCGUUUUUGACGCAAGAAUUGAGACGAAGAUUCUCCGAACUUACGCCAAUGCUGGUAGCUUUGCCGAGGCUGUGCUUGGCAGUGCGCGUACGACGCAUGCAUUUCAUCUUGGCCCACGCAUGGUGUCAAAAUAUGAAAUACAUCUUCAAGAUGCGCGAAAUCUCGGAAACAAGAAGAGUGCUUUAUACGGGAUCAUGUUUGCGGGAGAGUACUUUGUCCUAUUUGCCGGUAUGGGCCUCGCCUUCUGGCAGGGAAUAGGCAUGAUGGCCCGAGGAGAAGUGGAAAGUGUCGGAACAGUCUUCACUGUACUAUUUUCUGUCAUCAUCGCAGCAGCAACGCUUAACUCAAUAGCACCUCAUUUUGUGACAUUCAGUCAGGCCGCGACAGCGGCAUCCGAACUAUUCUCCUUGAUUGAUCGUCCAUCAAACAUUAACCCUUUUCACGAAAUUGGAGAGAAACCGAAUGUCACAAUUGGAAAUGUUGAACUUAGAGGUGUAACAUUCAGUUAUCCUACACGACCAAAUGUUCGCGUGCUAGAGAACUUUGACUUGAGCGUACCAGCGGGAAAGGUGACCGCGCUUGUGGGCGCCAGCGGCUCCGGGAAAAGCACCAUUGUGGGACUUCUGGAGAGAUGGUACAACCCAGACUCCGGAGUCAUCAAGCUCGAUGGCACGAACAUCAAGAACCUGGACCUGAAGUGGCUGAGGACAAAGAUACGUCUUGUCCAACAGGAACCCGUUCUCUUCAACGGCACAGUCUUCGAAAAUAUUUCAAACGGUUUAGUUGGAACGCCUUGGGAGUCAUCACCGCUCGAGAAGCAACAGAAACAAAAGCGCUUCCUCAAGGCUACGACACCCGUAUUGGAGAGCGCGGUGGUCUCCUUAUCGGGGGGACAAAAACAGCGAAUUGCCAUUGCACGCAGCAUAAUAUCGGAGCCAAAGAUCCUGCUACUCGACGAAGCGACAAGCGCACUGGACCCAAGCGCUGAAUCCAUUGUACAAAAGGCUCUGGACGAAGCAUCAAAGUCUCGCACCACAAUAGUUAUCGCGCAUAAGCUAAAGACGAUCCGAGCUGCUGAUAACAUCGUCGUCAUGCGCCGAGGCAAGAUUGUGCAGCAGGGUACUCACGAGGAAUUAGUAGCAAAAGGGGGCACAUAUGCUAGCUUGGUCAAGGCCCAGGAUCUGUCACCCCAGGCACCCGAGAAAGUCGCAGACAGCUCUGACAACGAAAUCCCUGUCGCACUGGAAAAAAGUCGAUCUCUGGCGAAAUCAAAUACAGUGGAUGCCAGGAUUUCUGAUAUCAAAGAUCCCGAAGAUUUGACGGACUUUCAUCAAACUGGCAUUGUACAUACAAUUUUGAAGCUUGUUUCAGUCACGCCGGAGCUUUGGCCAUGGUAUGCUGUAGCGUUGAUUGGAUGCAUUGUUGGAGCUGGCAUGUACCCUGGUCAGACUCUUUUGCUGGCCAAUGUCAUGGACUUGCUCAAGACCCCAGACAUGCAGACACGGGGUAACUUUAUCUCCCUUAUGUUUUUUGUCAUAGCACUUGGGCUUUUUUGCGUGUUCUUCCUGCUAGGCUGGGCCACCAAUGUUAUCUCCCAAGCGAUUACGCAGAAAGUGCGGCGGAAUAUGUUCACUGCAAUGCUGCGUCAGGACCUUCUGUUUUUUGACCGUCCAGAAAAUACGGUCGGAGCACUAGUCAGCCGUAUUGAUUCUUAUGCACAGUCAAUUUUCGAGCUCAUGGGCUUCAGCAUUGCAGUUAUCACAAUAUCAAUUGUUACGGUAUUUGCCUGUGGGGUCCUGUCAAUUGCAACGUCGUGGAAGCUUGGACUUGUCGAGACAAAAAUGAAUCGCAUCAUCGACAGCAGGUUUUCUAACAGUGCAUCUGUGGCUUCGGAGUCCGUAAACGCGAUUCGCACAGUAUCUUCUCUGGCCAUUGAGGAAAAGGUCUUGCAGAGAUAUACGACGGAGUUGGAUGAUGCCAUUUCCAGUUCAAAGCGGUCACUAUUCACUAUGAUGAUAUUUUAUGCGUUCACGCAGUCUGUCGAAUACUUUGUCUUGGGAUUAGGGUUUUGGUGGGGGUCGAAGCUUCUGUCCCAAGGGGAGAUCACCUUCUACCAGCUCAUUGUGUCUUUCAUGGCGGUAUACUUCUCUGGACAGGGAGCGGGACAAAUGUUUAGCUUCGCUGGAAGCUUUACAAAAGCAUCAUCUGCGGCCAACUACUACUUCUGGCUAUGCAACCUUGCGCCCACGAUACGAGAAACACUGGCGAAUCAAGAUAUUUCCCCCCCAAAUAGCUGUUCAUCGUAUGAGUUCUCGGAUGUCAAGUUCACGUACCCACUUGCACCGAAAAAUUUCGUUAUCAAAGGCAUCUCCAUGAAGAUCAAACCAGGAAGUUUUGUCGCUUUCGUUGGCGCCUCAGGGUGUGGGAAAAGCACCAUGAUUUCGCUCCUCGAACGGUUCUAUGAUCCUUCCAGCGGGCAAAUUUACAUCGACGGCGAAAGUCCGUUGACAACACUUAACCCAACGCUGUACCGUCGUCGGAUUGCUCUCGUACAACAAGAGCCAGUUCUUUUCCCUCUCAGUAUCCGCGAAAACAUUGCCAUGGGUGUUGACGUAGAUUCUGAUGGCAGUGGCCGCGAUUUGCAUGGAGUGGAUGACAGCAUGAUUGAGGCCGCUUGUAGGGCUGCCAAUGUAUGGGAAUUUCUGAUCUCUCUACCGGAUGGACUUAACACUCCCUGUGGAACUAGCGGCAGUCAGUUAUCUGGAGGGCAGCGGCAGCGUAUUGCCAUUGCCCGUGCGCUCGUCCGAAACCCGUCCGUCAUUCUCCUAGAUGAGGCCACGAGCGCGCUCGAUUCAGAGUCGGAGAGAGUCGUCCAAGCAGCACUUAUGGAGGCGGCAACCAGCGAUGAGAGGAUCACAAUCGCUGUAGCUCAUCGCCUGUCUACGGUGCGAUAUGCGGACAAGAUCUUUGUGUUUUACGGCGGAAGAGUUGCUGAGGCCGGGUCUCAUGAAGAGCUUAUCAAGCAGGAAGGGAUCUACAAGAAGAUGUGUGAAUCCCAGAGUCUGGACACUGCGACCUAA